AUGUCGUCCAAAGCUGUUCCGCCGGCUCCUGCUGCUCUCAAGAAAACGUCUCUACCAGAGGCAAAUCAUCCAAAAAAGACUGUAAUUGAGACCGUCACCUCCAAAAAGAGUUCCCUCUUCUCUUGUCCGGAUUCCAAAUCUUCCGAGUCUAAUGGAGUCUCCAACAUGACGUCACAUGCAAAAAACGAGAUCAUCACAACUUCAGUAACCACUCAGAAAACUUCUAUCUCUUCACUUCCCCCUCGGAAAUUGACUUCUCAGGCUUCUAAAGAUCUGUCGCCUCCGAAAACUCGAAAAUCUCCAAGCCCAAGUCGUGCUGGUUCUGGAGAUUCUGCAUCCAGAAAGGAUUUGUCAAACGCGGAAAAAAUGGCAAAGGAUUUGGAAAGAGUCAAAUUGGAGAAAACUGAUUCCCGUGAAUCUGUGACCCUCCCAACACCGAAAGAAUAUCCGGAUUCUGAUGAUGAGAAGGACAAAUCGAACAAACGAUCUCUUCGUUUUGGAACCACCACUGAAUGGCAAUCAGACAAUUUGGAGAAGUUCUAUAAGGAACAAGGAAAGUUUCCAACAGCUGAUGCCGUCAAGAAAUUCGGUCAAAUGUUUUCAAUGACCGAGUUGAUAGCUGAGACCUGGCUUGAAGCUCGCCGCCAACAGACAUACCAAAAAUAUGUGGAGAAGGGACUUCAAACCGACCCAUCUGUCAUUCAAUUCUAUUGUGAAUCUUUGAAAAUUGCUGAGGGUCUUCGUUUGGAAAAUCCAAGUGUUCAAAACAAAUCAUUUUUCACUUUGGAUGGAAUCAAUGCAUUGGAACAGAAAAAAGAAGAAGAGGAAAAAAUGAUGCCUUUUAUUUCCACUUCCUCGAAUAAGGUUUUCGUGAGUGCUUCAAAAGAAGAAAAGUGUCAAUUGGCGAUUAAAAACGAAGGAAAAGUCAAUGUGGUUUAUCAGAUUAGUAUCAUGAAUGCAGCCAACUACGUCAUGUCACCGAUCUGUGCAAUUUUGCAACCAAACGAGGAAUUGACAUUGAACAUUACUAGAAAGAAGGGUAAGCUUCUGGACGAAGAGUUCUUCCGAAUCGACUACGGUAUCGCUCCAGAAGGUAUCAUCGAUGCUCGUGUCUCUGCGGACCGCGCAAACUUCACCGAGCGCGAAAUUAUCGAAGUCGUCGAAAUUGAUGAGAAGGAAAUGAAACUUGCUCGCUGA